ACAUUGUAUAGGUAUAGCAUCCAGCAAGACGAGAUAGACGUAAAUCAAGUUGUAUUUCAUUAAAUUUAUGUUUGGCCUAGUUUAGUAAUAGUCGUCGAAGUCGAUCGACGAUUAUUGUGAAAUGUGAAAAGUGGAUACUGAAGAAUACUUCAUAUAUUUAUUAUCGUUUAAGUUAAUCUGGUACAACAGUGAAAGUAAUAGUUUUAUUUUAGCUGUUUACAAAGAUGACUGGUCUGUAUCUCGAUUAUUAUGACGGCAGUAAACUAUUUACGGGAUUUGCUAGUAAAAUUGGCUUGCCAUUGGAUCUUGUUAAUUUUUUGAUCGCACAAAUAGCUGCACUAUGCCUGGCCAGACUGUUUCGGAAACCAUUGAAGCUUGCUUCGCCAGAAUUUCGUCAUUCUGUGUGCCUUACUAUAGGUCUGAUAAUGGGAUAUUUUUGCUUUGGGAAGCAAUCAAUACAUUUAUCGGUUCUGGCUAUGCUAAGUUACUCAUUGUUGAAGACAAUGCCACAUCAUCUCGUUGGAAAUGUUAUUCUGGCGGCGUCGAUAUUUUAUCUGUCUUGUAUACACUUACAUCGACAGAUUUACCAUUCGGCUGACUACACACUGGACAUAACAGGGCCUUUGAUGGUGAUCACACAGAGAGUUACUUCCCUGGCCUACUCGAUACAAGACAAUCUAACCCAGAAUGAAAUCAACUCUAACACGAAGAGUCCCGAGUCUUCACUCGCACCGAAAAUUGACAAGAUUCCGUCUCCCCUCGAGUACUUCGCCUUUACACUCGCCUUCCAAACGUUGAUGUGUGGGCCAGUAGUGUUCUAUACUGAUUACAUCAACUUCAUAGAAGGCGCUCGAAUUGACGAGAAACAAAGCACGUCUGCUAACGAACCGUCACCUAGGAGAGCGGUGAUGUACAAACUGAUGGGCUCCAUUGCGGCUGCGCUGUUGUACUUGACUUUGGCGAAGAAAUAUCCAUUAGCGGUGCUCGAAGAGCUAACCGACCCCACAUCCGAGGUGUCCCGCUCCUGGUCGGCGGUGUACCUCCUCUGGUACGCGUACCUCUCGACCCUCGUGGUCCGCUGCAAGUACUACCACGCGUGGCUGCUCUCCGAGGCCAUCUGUAAUAACUGCGGGAUGGGCUUCAAUGGCUACGAGAGCGACGGCACGCCUAAGUGGGACAAGAUGUCUAACAUAGACGUGUUUGGAUUUGAGUUCGCCCAAAACUUCCGCACCGCCAUCGCAAGCUGGAACAAGAACACGAACGCGUGGCUGCGCUGCGUGGCGUACUCGCGCGGCGGCGCGGCGUGGCGCACGGCGCGCGUGUACGCGCUGUCGGCCGUGUGGCACGGCUUCCACCCCGGCUACUACCUCACCUUCCUCGCCGGCGGACUCUUCACCGUGGCCGCUAGGAAGAUUCGAUCAGUGGCGCGCCCGUUGUUCAUGGAUAGCCGGCCGAAGAAACUAUUCUAUGACUUGCUGACGUUCGUGACGACGCGUGUAGCGAUGACGUACGCCACCGUGCCGUUCGUGCUGCUCCACCUGGCGCCGAGUUUGGCUUUUUAUGGGAAACUGUAUUAUUCCCUGCAUUUUAUUGCCCUCGGCGCACUGCUUAUUCCUGAACGAUCACGCACCUCUCCAGUAAACUCCGAGAUUUCACAAAAACCUUCCAACUCCAGUAAAGAAACGCACGAGCCUAAUGGAGAUACUAAUGGUAAACUAAAAAUAAAUUAAACGUACAAUAAUGGUGUCUAUUUUUAUAUUUAAAGUUAAAUUAAAAAUUGUAAAGAGUCUCCCAAUAUUUUGACUGACAAUAUAGCUUCCAGUUUAUGAAAGUUGAUCUUAUUAAUGACAUAUUUAAUUUUUAUUUAUUUUUACGGUCAGAUAAGCGAAACAUCCACUUCCAUUGCCUGAAGUUGAUGAAACAGUAUUACAUAUAAUUUUUAUAACCAAGUGGCAGUUGUUUCACUUACCUAACCAGAACAUAUUAGUUACAAAAUUUCUAUGAGGUGACAGCUCCGAAAUUUAUAGUCAGUAAUAUUCUGUUGUUAAAUAUAUUUUUGAUAAUAUGUAGACAUUUUGGGCUUAUUAUAAACACUGGCUGGAUUAAAGUUUUUGUUUGUUAUAACUUUAUGAUGUGGGACAUAUUUUAUUGCCUAUUUUUGUAUCAUUAAAUUCAUUAAGUUAUGUAUUUAUUUGAAGUAUUAACUAAUAAUACGUUCGUCCAGACUCAAAUAUUGCAUUUACUUAUAUAUUGUUUUACUAGUAGUACAGCCAGCAAGUUGAGAUAAUAUAUUUUGUUUUGACUCCUUUCGGCACGGUUUGUUGUUGGCUUAUACUCCUUGGUGAGUUUAGCUUGGAGGACACAGACCGCGCCAAAAGACUUGUACUGUACACUGUACCCCUUAUGUACAAAACUAUACAAGCUUCAAAAAGUUAAUUUAUGUUUUAUUCCUUUCUUAAGCCCCGUCUCCAUAUCGCGCGGCAAACCAUCGAACAUUGGCUUUGGCAGUGUAUGGUUUGCCGCGCGAUAUGAAGACGAGGCUUUACGAGUACAUAAAGUCAAAAUGACAGAUAAAGACACGAUUAUUAGCUAAGGUUUAUAGCGCGUUUAUGAAUAAGGGGGUUAGAAUUUACACCUCCUUGUUUUACCCUAACGACGUGUCCUUUUGUUUCUGUCGAAGUAUUUUUCCCAUCACUCUGUUUAUUCAUUAAUAUUAAACAAGUAUACUUAAUUCCUGUUAAUAUUGUUUUUCUUAAAACCGUUUUUAUUGAGUCCGCCACACGUCUUCUUGUUACUUGCACAAUUUACAUUUCACAGUAGUACUAGGCAUCCUAUAUUUGAACUUGAGCGUGAAUUUGUUAUUACUGUUACUGUUUACUGAGAUAAACUACUGUCCUUAAUUUUAUUUUUGAUUGUCUUUAAGUCUCAUCUUGUUGGCUAUGCUUUACAAGUUUACAUAUUAUUAACAUUCAACCGGUUAAACAGUAUUAUGUUCAUUUAUUCACGUAAAUAUUAUUCUUUAGACUGUAUUCCUAGUAUAAUAUAAACGAACAAAGGGUAUCUACAUUGUUAAAGUUAUGCGUGUUGAUAUUUUAUACAACAUUUAUUGUAAGUUUUAAUUUAACAAGUAAUGUACGUUUAGGACUACUACUACUACUAUAUUUUAUUCAUAUUUAUGACUCAUACCUGUCAGGGUUAAUUUAAUAUACAAUUCCGAAGGAAAUGGAAAUAUUGGUUACACAUUCAUUAAUUUAAGUUUCUGAAUUCAAAAUACUAAAGUUUAAGACAAAUCCAAUUCAUUGACUUGAGUGCCUGUGACAAUGAUAACUUCUUUUGUAUCUAGUAGAAAUAAGAAUACAUUAUAAAUGAAGUGAUUCAUUUAACUCAUCACAUCACAUCAUACCGCCUGACAGGUUAGAUUUUUCAUAAAGUUAACCAUGGUGUUACUAGUAAGCUCUUAGUUAAGUUGACUAAAUUCUAGAAUAGUUUACUAAUCACUGUUUAAAAAGCUUUUUAUAUAAAAAAACUAUGUGAAUUGUAAUGUGUGAAUGUUGUCAUGAAUACGUGAAGAAAGUUUAUUAGUUUUGUCAAUAUCAAUACGUACAGAGGGUUGUGUAAUUUGAAACUGCGUAGAUAUAUAUGUUUUUUAUUCGACUAACAGAGAUGGUAAUUUUUCGAGCGUAAGUUUUGCAAGCUCUGGUAACAUAUUUAGGUAGAAGGCUCGAAGGUAUCAAGUAAUUAUUUUGCUUUUGAUUUGACCGUUAUAUCAGUGUGAAUUUCUUAUAAAUACUUUGUUAUACCAGUAUUGUAUCGGGGCCAACUAUUAUUAUAAUUCCAUUAAACAUAAUUAUUUAUAUUGCUUUUAAACAUGAUUUACGUAAAUGUCGGUAUAACUGGUUUCACUUUCAGUAUUUUUUUUAUCAGUUUAAAUAAAUUUUCGAGUUCUUUCAUAGCUUACAUAGAUCUAAGGCUUAAUUUUAACAAAUUAUCUAUUGAAUGAUAAACAAGGCACAUAAUAAUAUACGAUGACACAAAUUAGCAAUUAAAAUGUGAGCCAAAUAUUGUUACCCAUAUUAAAUAAUAUUUUAUAUACUU